AAUAUUGGGAUAAAUAAACUAAACAUAUAAAAAAUCUUUUCCUCUGCCUCUCUUUAGCCCCCAGAUAAGGAAGGUGGUCUGCCCAAGCAGGUAGGCAACAAGACGGAGUGCGGCCUACUGGGAUUGGUCUUGGACCUGAAGCGGGAUUACCAGCCAAUAAGAAACCAGAUUCCAGAGGAGAAGCUUUACAAAGUCUACACCUUCAACUCCGUCAGGAAGUCCAUGAGCACCGUCAUCAAACUGCCUGAUGGGAGCUUCCGGAUGUACAGCAAGGGAGCCUCUGAGAUUGUACUCAAAAAAUGCAGCCAUAUCCUGAGCGAGGUGGGUGAGAUGAGGGUUUUCCGUCCACGAGACAAGGACGAGAUGGUGAAGAAGGUGAUUGAGCCCAUGGCAUGCGACGGCCUGAGGACCAUCUGUGUGGCGUACCGUGACUUUUCCAGCGAUCCUGAGCCCAACUGGGAGGAUGAGAACAACAUCCUCAAUGACCUCACAGCCAUCUGCGUCGUUGGAAUAGAGGACCCUGUCAGGCCAGAGGUGCCUGAUGCCAUUCAGAAGUGCCAGCGUGCAGGCAUCACGGUGCGUAUGGUGACAGGAGACAACAUAAACACAGCCAGGGCCAUAGCCAUCAAGUGCGGCAUCAUCCACCCCGGAGAGGACUUCCUCUGCAUCGACGGCAAAGAGUUCAACAGGAGGAUCCGCAAUGAGAAAGGAGAGGUGGAACAGGAGCGUAUUGACAAAGUUUGGCCCAAACUUAGAGUCCUGGCCAGAUCAUCCCCAACUGACAAACACACCCUCGUCAAAGGCAUUAUUGACAGCACUAUGGCAGACCAGAGGCAGGUGGUGGCUGUGACAGGAGAUGGGACCAAUGAUGGACCUGCUCUAAAGAAAGCUGAUGUCGGCUUUGCCAUGGGUAUCGCUGGUACAGAUGUGGCCAAGGAGGCGUCAGAUAUUAUUCUUACCGAUGAUAACUUCAGCAGCAUCGUGAAGGCAGUCAUGUGGGGCCGAAACGUCUACGACAGCAUCUCCAAAUUUCUUCAGUUCCAGCUGACUGUCAAUGUUGUGGCCGUCAUAGUGGCUUUCACUGGCGCCUGCAUCACACAGGACUCCCCUCUGAAAGCAGUGCAGAUGUUGUGGGUGAAUCUCAUCAUGGAUACUUUUGCAUCUCUGGCCCUGGCGACAGAGCCUCCCACGGAGUCUCUGCUUAAGAGGAAGCCAUACGGUCGCAAUAAGCCUCUGAUCUCCAGCACAAUGACAAAGAACAUCCUCGGACAUGGAGUCUAUCAGCUCGUUAUCAUCUUUACGCUGCUCUUUGUUGGUGAGCAGAUCUUUGACAUUGACAGUGGCCGUAAUGCUCCUCUCCACUCUCCUCCCUCUGAGCACUACACCAUCAUCUUCAACACCUUUGUCAUGAUGCAGUUGUUUAAUGAGAUAAAUGCCCGCAAAAUCCACGGGGAGAGGAAUGUCUUUGAUGGUAUCUUCAGGAACCCCAUUUUCUGCACGAUUGUUUUUGGCACAUUUGCUGUACAGAUUGUAAUUGUGCAGUUUGGAGGAAAGCCAUUCAGCUGUCAGCCUCUGGACUUGGAAAAGUGGAUGUGGUGUGUUUUCCUCGGGCUGGGAGAGCUUGUGUGGGGACAGGUGAUAGCCACCAUACCCAAUAGCAGGUUGCGCUUCCUGCGGCGGGCGGGCCAGCUAACUCAGAAAGAUGAGUUACCAGAGGAGGACGUUAAUGAAGAAAAUGAGGAGAUCGAUCACGCAGAGAGGGAGCUAAGGAGAGGACAGAUCCUUUGGUUCAGAGGACUCAACCGCAUUCAGACUCAGAUUGAAGUAGUCAACACCUUCAAGAGUGGCACCUCCUUUCAGGGGGCGGGGGCUCUGAGACGCCAAUCAUCCACCACCAGCCAGACCCAGGAUGUAACCAAUGUUUCUAGUCCUAGUCACGUGUCCUUGUCCAAUGCCCUUUCCUCUCCUACAAGCACUACUGCUGCUACUGCUCCUCCCACUACUGGCCAGUGCUAGGAGCGCAGGACUAAGGGUGAUACCCACGGCGUGACAUUUCAGAUCCGAGUUGUGAAUGCAUUCCG